AUUGUCUGUGGAUUCCAAACACUGGUAGAUGUAAUCGAUAUAGGGAAAUUUAUCGUCAUAGUAGGGAAUUCCUUGUCGGCGAAGGUGAGCGACGACAGGUUGUGUUACGUAUUUAAUGAAUUUUGAGUAUAGUGUGUGGGUGAAUUUAAAUGGUAAUACGGUGUAAGCGUGUAAAAUAACAGGUUAAACAAUGGCAACUACUACGCAGACUGCAAAAUCGAAAGGACCGGCUCCUACUGUAGAUCAGAUAAAUGCUGAUAGAAUUACGCAGCUUGCAAAUCGGUACUGGGCACCGUAUACCAUAGAAAACCAUCUUCCAUUUGAUGACAGGGUCGUUGAAGAUAUAUACAUAAAGGAAAUAUAUGGCUCUAAUUUUGCAAUUCGCCGUAUUAUGAUGUUGGAGUUCAGCCAGUAUUUGGAAAAUUAUCUGUGGCCCAAUUAUGUGACAUUGAAGUCUUCACAUGCUCACAUGAUGUCCAUUGUGAUAAUGAUUAAUGAGAAGUUCAGGGAGAGGGUUCCAGCAUGGCAGCCAUUCAGGAAGCUACCAGAACAUUUUCCUGGAUUCUUCCAGCAAAUGUUGGAAGCAUGUUUAAUGGAUGGACCAAAUUAUUCUCUUCGUGAACAGACAGCACUGCUUGUGUUUCUGAACCACUGUUUCAACAGCAUGGAAGUGGAACUUAUCCGUGACCAAGUGAAACGACUAGUAUCAUUGUCUAUGUGGGUCUCGUUACAGCAGGGGCGGAGAGAGCAAGAGCUACGUGCUGUACCCAAAUGGAGGAAGUAUUGGAAACUGAUUCAGCGUAAAGAUACUCCAGAAAUGCGAGAAAAAUUGGAUUGGGAACGUAGAUUUCUGCAAAGGAUUAUGGUCAAAUUUAUGAAGUUACUAGAGUCUGUAGAAGUGAAAGGUGAAGUCGGCAGUGAAGUGGUUCAUUACUGUGAAAGGUUUCUGGAACUAGUAAUUGAUCUAGAAGCCUUGCUGCCAACACGUCGUUUCUUCAAUACUGUGCUCGAUGACUGCCAUUUAGUGGUUCGAUGUCAUCUUUCCAGGCUUCGACAACUAGGGGAGGGAAACCUUUUCACUCAGUUGCUGGACAUGCUUAAAUUCUAUUCGCGGUUUGAGAUCAGCGAUGAGACGGGGGAUCCCCUCACAGACCAUGACAUGACACAGUUGCAUUACUCCAGAAUCACAUCACUACAGAAAGCAGCAUAUGCAAAGUUCCCAGAUUUACGUGACUUUUCUUUGGCAAAUGUUGCAAGUGUGGACACAAGGGAGGCGUUGCUGAAGCACUUCGGACCACUGAGUCAGGAGAAGUUGAGAAGUAUUGCGACAUACCUGAACUUAGUUCCACCUCCUGACAAGGCUGAAGUUGAGGACUGGUUUCGAUUUGACAGUGACUUCCUUCUCGAACUUCUGGUGUCUAGGCACGAGCGACGGGCAUCACAGUUGCAGGCCCUGAAUGAAAUGCCUCUAUACCCAACAGAGGAUAUAAUCUGGAAUGAAAACAUUGUUCCAAGUGAAUAUUUUUCUGGAGAAGGGUGCCUGGCUCUACCAAAACUCAACUUACAAUUUCUUACGCUACACGAUUACCUGUUACGCAACUUCAAUCUAUUCCGAUUGGAGUCAACAUAUGAAAUUCGCCAGGAUAUUGAGGAUGCAGUCAGUAGAUUAAGUCCAUGGAAUGCAGAAGAUGGCAACAUCUUUUAUGGAGGCUGGGCUCGUAUGGCUCAGCCAAUUAUCAAUUUUGCUGUCGUUGAAGUGGCCAAACCUAACAUUGGGGAGAAGCGACCAUCACGAGUUCGUGCUGAUGUAACAGUGAAUCUUAGUGUCAGAAAUGAGAUCAAGGCAGAGUGGGAGAACCUUCGAAAGCAUGACGUCUGCUUCCUCAUUACUGUCCGUCCUACAUUUUCCAUAGGUACCAAAUAUAGCCACAGGGAACCGUUUGUACCACAAGUGGGUCUGACGUAUGUACGAGGAUGUGAGAUUGAGGGCAUGCUUGACCAGAAUGGACGAGUUAUCGAAGAGGGUCCCGAACCCAAACCGCAGCUGCCAGGAGAGAAACGAACUUUCCGCGUAUGGUUGGAUUGUAAUCAAUAUCGCACUGACAUGGACUUAGCAAGUCAAGGCAAAGAGGAUGUCUAUGAGACCUUCAAUAUUCUGAUGCGUCGUAAACCUAAGGAGAACAAUUUUAAGGCAGUGCUGGAAACAAUCCGCGAGCUUAUGAACACAGAAUGUGUUGUGCCGGACUGGUUACAUGACAUCAUCCUGGGUUAUGGAGAUCCCGGAGCUGCUCACUACUCAAGAAUGCCUAAUGAGAUUGCAACAGUGGAUUUUAACGACACAUUCCUAAAUAUGGACCACCUUCGAGCCAGUUUUCCAGAGCACGAGAUCCGUGUACAAACUGAUGAUCCAGUGAAAUUGGUACCUCCAUUUAGGUUAACAUUUUGCGAGGUGUUGAGCAAGAAACGAGAUUCAGCGGACGGUGACAGAUUGAAAUCAUCAAAGGUGAUUACUGUGCAACCUCAUGUGAUCCCUAGCAGAGGACCAUACUUGUUCAAUGAACCCAAAAAGAACGCAAUUCCAUUCACACCGACGCAGGUAGAGGCAAUUCGUGCUGGAAUGCAGCCAGGCUUGACAUUGGUUGUGGGUCCACCAGGAACAGGGAAAACAGAUGUGGCUGUUCAGAUAAUUUCAAACCUUUAUCACAACUUCCCAGCACAACGGACACUCAUUGUUACUCACUCAAACCAGGCCCUGAAUCAGCUUUUUGAGAAGAUCAUGCAACUCGAUAUUGAUGAGAGGCAUCUGCUACGUCUCGGUCAUGGAGAGGAGGCUCUUGAAACAGAGAAGGACUUCAGCAGGUAUGGCCGAGUAAAUUAUGUUCUGGCAAAACGUUUGGAUUUAUUGAUGGAAGUGCAGAGACUGCAGGAGAGCCUGGAAGUUGCUGGCGAUGUUGCGUACACUUGUGAAACUGCAGGCCAUUUUUUCCUCUAUCAGAUCUUGGCUCGAUGGGAACGCUUCCUCAGCAGAGUUCGUCCUCCUACUGGCAAGAUUGUUCCAGUGAAGACUAUAAAAGAUGAGUUCCCAUUCCAUCGCUUUUUUGAUAACGCACCAAAACCCCUCUUCAAAUGUCGUAGUUAUGAAGAAGACAUGGAAAUUGCUGAAGGUUGUUUCAGGUAUAUAGAAAAAAUAUUCACUCAACUGGAAGAGUUCCGAGCAUUUGAAUUGCUGCGCAGUGGGCUGGACCGUUCAAAAUAUCUGCUCGUGAAGGAGGCAAAAGUGAUUGCCAUGACUUGUACCCAUGCUGCACUCAAGCGCAGGGAAUUAGUUGAUCUUGGUUUCAAGUAUGACAACAUCCUAAUGGAAGAGUCAGCACAGAUCUUGGAGAUUGAAACGUUCAUUCCGUUGCUGCUGCAGAAUCCUGAAGAUGGCUUUAGUCGACUUAAACGCUGGAUAAUGAUUGGUGAUCACCACCAGCUGCCACCAGUAAUUAAGAAUAUGGCAUUUCAAAAGUACUCCAAUAUGGAACAGUCUCUGUUCACUCGCAUUGUGAGGCUAGGGGUGCCAACUGUUGACUUGGAUGGACAAGGCAGAGCAAGGCCAAGUAUCUGCAACCUAUACAAGUGGCGGUACAAGAGAUUGGGCAAUCUGGUCCAUGUAGAAAACUGGCCUGAGUAUCGUGUUGCCAACCCUGGCUUUUGGUUUGAUUUUCAGGUUAUCAAUGUGGAAGAUUUCAAUGGUGUUGGUGAGUCAGAACCAAGUCCAUACUUCUAUCAGAAUCUGGCAGAGGCUGAAUAUUGUGUGGCUGCGUUCAUGUACAUGAGACUGAUCGGCUACCCAGCCGACAAGAUAUCCAUUCUCACCACGUACAAUGGACAGAAGCAUCUCAUUCGUGAUGUCAUCAACAUUCGGUGUGCCACCAACCCGCUCAUCGGACGGCCACAUAAGGUGACCACAGUUGACAAGUAUCAGGGUCAGCAGAAUGACUACAUCUUACUUUCCUUGGUACGGACGAAGGCAGUUGGGCAUUUGAGAGAUGUGCGCCGUCUGGUAGUGGCUAUGUCUCGUGCUCGACUUGGUCUCUAUAUAUUUGCCAGGGUCUCUCUUUUCAAGAACUGCUUUGAACUGACCCCAGCAUUCAGUCAGCUAAUGGCUCGACCACUUAAACUGCACAUUGUUCCUCAAGAAACAUUCCCUACCCAACGACUUAACAACAGCGUUCCCCAAGGUUGCCCUCAAGAAGUGGAAGACAUGCCCCAAAUAGCAGCAUUUGUGUAUGAAUUCUACAUACAGAAGGUGCAAGCCAUGAAAUCAGCAUUCUAUGGAGCCCAGAAAGUGUGGCAGAAACCUGGUGCGCGCAAGGAAGUUGUCCCCGAACACUUUGUCUCUCAUCAUCCUGGAGCAGAUGAUGAUACAGACAGUGAAGAAGAGCAGGAGAGAAUUAAAGAUGACUUGAAGAAGGAACAGGAGGAGAAUGCUGCUGAAGAAGAUAAGCAAGAAAGUCUAGAGGUGACGGAGGAAUCUGAAGAGACAUAGGAAUUAUGUUGUGCAGAAACCAUGUACAUUGAUUUGAUCAUUGACAAUAAAUAAAUAUAUUAUUAUGAAGUGAUAUUUUGACAACA